CCCUUGAGCCAGACUCAAGGUUUGCUCCUGGAGACAAAGCCACACAGGAUCGUCUUGAUCUGUUUGUGUGUUGUGUUUUUAAUUCCUGCUGGAAGGUUUCACUGAAAUUUCAUCAGCCGCUGCUUUAACAUUGGAAUUAUGACACUAAAAACCGAGAAGGUGCACACUGGGUUGGACUUCAUGGACCUCCUGCUCAGGAACACCGAUGAAACCACUGGUUACCACAGCAACCAAUCGUGGACUAUCACAUUUCAUGAUACCCCAAGUCCAGAGAGAAGCUCUACUGAUGAUUUCCUGGACUCCCUGCUGGGUGGGAGUGACUCCUCCUCUGUGCCGGCGUCCCCCCUGUGGUCACCCUGCACGACCGACAGUGGCAUCAACGACGACCCCCUGAUAGAUCCCACGGAGAGUCCUCACCCAUCCUGCUGCACACCUCUCCAAACCUUUGACGCUCCGGCUAUCCCUCAGCCUCCAGGGAAUCACCUGCCAGCCAGUGAAAAAACAGUUUCCAUUGAUCAUAGCUGGGAGCCCGGCAACCUACAGGAGCAGUUUGGAAUCUCAUACUACCUCAAAACGAACCAAAGCUCUGCUCUGUUGUCCAGUCAGACGCUCACAGUUAAGGACCUGCUGUUGUCGAACCUGGGACAGAAAGCGCAGCAAAUCCCCCAGCAUUCCCUGCCAGAGCUUCAGCUUGACGAGGAUGAGAAGACACUUUUGGCUAAGGAGGGAGUGAACCUGCCCAGCAAACUGCCCCUGUCCAAGUUUGAAGAGAAGGUUUUGAAGAAGAUCCGGCGGAAAAUCCGCAACAAGCGCUCGGCUCAGGAAAGUCGGAAGAAGAAGAGGGAAUAUGUCGAUUGUCUGGAGGGAAGGAUGUCUGCAUGCAGCGCUCACAACCUGGAGCUGCAGAGAAAGAUCCAGCAGUUGGAGGACACCAACCAUGCUCUGUUGGAGCAGUUAAACCGGGCGCAGGAUCUCCUUUCUGGCAGUUCCAGCAAGACAACGCAAAAAGGGACCUGCAUCCUGGUUCUGCUCCUCUCUUUCUCUCUGCUUAUUUCACCAAAUCUUCAGCCGGACCCUUACAGCCAUCUCAGCCAGGCGGAGUACACAAAAACCAAAGUGCCUUCCCGCUCUCUGCAGUCAAUGGAUGAAGUGCAAGACGUCCCUCCUCCUCCACUCCUCACUGUCUCCAGGGGAUUUGAGGCCUUGAGCAGCCUGACAGAGAAGCUCUGGACCUGGGCAGAUUUCCCCAUGGUAGACGUCCAGUCCUCUCACCACCAGGAUCCCAGGCACCGGGACAAUCACUGAGCUCCUCGGGCCUCACAGGAGGAAAGACAGUAGCGAAGCAGUGCAGCCUCCUUGCAGAUGCAGCAUCCGUAUCAGCAAUUUUAUUGCUUUUUUAGCGUCUCUCCAGAGACCGAGUGAAGUGUCAGUUUGUUUGCCACCAACACUAACACACAAAUAAAAUAUUUUUCUAACUGGAUUUCACUCAGUCAGAUAGAGGUCGGGGAAGAGGUCAUCUGCACUGAUUAAUCUUUUGUUUCUUUCUUUAACUCCUUUCUUUGGAUGAACGGAGCCUCAGGAACUUGGCAGAUAUUUUAUUGCUGUCGCACUUCUGCAUGAUAUAGGUAUUCGCAGUAUGAUCUGGAAAAGAAAACAAAUGUCAAUUAAAUGCUGUAUUUUAUUAUUUAUAU